AUGUCAGAUAUUGAAAAACAACAACAAGAAGCCAUAACCCCCAAACUGACUACUGAAUCAGCCACGUUACACGAUGAAACCGAAAUCUACCAGUUGAAAGAUGAAGUCUUGACCAAGAAGAUGAAAUUGAUUAAUGACGCAAUUGACGAGAUUGGAUUCACGCCAUAUCACCUAAAAUUAUUCUUUUUGAACGGGAUGGGAUAUUGGACAGAUACGCAAUUGACAUUUAUAGAAAGUUCGGUGCGUACCUUUAUCAACUACCAGUUUGGUUACAAGUUCCCCAUCAGUAAUGAAAUGUUGGCUGCUGGUUUGCUUGUUGGCGCUUUGUUUUGGGGGUUUUCCGCCGAUUUGAUUGGAAGAAAGGUUGCAUUCAAUAUCUCGUUAUUGCUUAGCGGAUUAUUCACAAUCAUCACGGGUACAAUGUCGUCGAUGGCAAGCUAUUGCAUUUUUGUGUUUUUGAGUUGUUUUGCCGCUGGUGGGAACUUGGUGUUGGAUACGUGCGUGUUUCUUGAAUACUUGCCUCACAAGAACCAAUGGUUAUUGACUUUUUUUGCAUUCUUUUGGGGGAUUGGACAAGUUAUUGCCACUGCUUUGGCGUAUGCUUUCUUACCUAAUAAUUCGUGUUCUUCUGCUGAUUAUUGUCCCUCGCAUAUCAAUCGUGGCUGGAGAUAUGUGUACUACACUAACGGAUCUAUAGUUUUGGCAAUGGCGGUGUUGCGAUUAACGGUGGUGAGAUUGAAGGAAACACCCAAGUUUCUUGUAUCAAAUAAUCGUGAUGCUGAAGCAAUUGAGAUUUUACACCACAUUGCUACAAAGUAUAACCGGACAUGUUCAUUAACUUUGCAAGAAUUGGAGCUGUUGGGUACUGUUGAAGUGAAUGAUGAUUUUAGAAAGCACAUUGAUUGGAAAGGAUUGUUGGUAUUGGUCAAACAUCACUUGUCAAUCUUGUUUAGCAAUAAAAAGAUGGCACGGUCAACAUUAUUGGUGUUUCUUUCCUGGUUCUUGUUGGGAAUCUCAUACCCAUUGUACUCGUCGUUUUUGCCACAGUAUUUGGCAACCAGGGGUGCCAACAUAUCAGCAUCUACGACCCAGGGAGUGUACCGAGACAAUUUAAUCUCAAACGCGGUAUCAAUGGGUGGGCCAUUAAUUGCGGGUGGUAUAUUAUAUUUUUUCCCAAUUAUUGGACGAAGAGGUGUCUUGUUCAUAGGUGGUGUUACAUCAAUGGCAUUUUUAUUCGGUUACACGCAAAUCAAAAGCAGACCUCAAAAUGUGGCACUUUCGUCAAUAUCCUAUGCAACUAUCUAUAUCUACUAUUCCGCAUUGUAUGCCUACACACCAGAAGUGUUUCCUAGUGCUGCAAGAGGCACUGGGAACUCAUUGGCCAUCGCUUGUACGAGAGUUGGUUCUGUUAUUGUGCCGUUGAUUUUUUACUACUCAAACAAGUCAAGCACCGCACCAAUAUGGAUCUGUGGUGCAUUUGUUGGUGUUGUUGGGUUUAUCGCGUUGUUGUUCCCAUAUGAACCAAGUAAGCACAGAGUUGCUUGA